CCGAGAAACGUCACUUCUUCUGCCUGCAACAAGCGCGGCAAACCUGUUCGUGCAUGUUCGUUUUCAUCAUAACGGAACUAACGCCGAUAGAAAACAAAGGCAAGUUUGGUUAGCUGUUUUCUUUCACCUGAAACACACAUCUCCAUUUUGUUUCACGACUUUAACACGAAGACAAACUGAACACAGCAUUGAGCAUGUCCGAGCGGCUCCAGGAUGACGCGUGGGAUGUGGGGAACCUGUUCGAUCAACUAUGGGAGGAAUCGCUCAAGCAGCGCAUCAUCGAGCUUACCCAGAACCAGCCGGACAAGGAUAAGAUACCAGAAAUUAUUAAGCGCGAAAUCGAUGAGUUUCUGCGCACGUUCCCGUUUCACGACCGGCUUAAGCUGCAACCCGACACAAAGGACAACGCCAACGCGGUUGCGGCCCGUAACCGUGGCAAUGAACUGUUCGCCACGGAAGGUGAGUGCUUGAAGUCGCUCCAGCACUACGAGAGCAUCGCGUGCUCGGAGCCAGGUUCGGAAACCAGAGCACUUGCGUACGGCAACCGGUCGGCGGUCUGUCUAAGGUUAGACAUGUACGAGGAGUGUUUGGAAACCAUACGCCUAGCGCGAGCCUCGAACUACCCGGCGCGAUUGGCGGACAAGCUGAACAAGCGCGAGCAGCACGUGAAGCGACGCAUCGAGGAAAUGUAUGCAGAACUUUCCGACCGAAAACCAAUCGAGUUUGGCAAGCAUCGGCCACGUUACAUGGUCCAUCCGGAACUGAAGUUGAGCUACGAGGCACACGCAAACGUCCCUCAGCUGGUGAAAUGUGUGGAGCUGCGCCAGAACAGUGAAGUCGGUCGUCAUUUGGUGACGACGCAGCAUCUGAAGGCAGGGGACGUGCUGCUGAUUGAGAAGCCGUACGCUAGCAUGCUGAAUGAUCAGGAACGGUACAAGCGUUGUGAUUUCUGUCACAAUGAGGACAGGUUUACGCUCAUUCCUUGCGAGGGAUGCACCGUGACAAUGUACUGCUCGAAGGAAUGUAUGGACCAAGCGCACAAGCAGUAUCAUCGGUACGAGUGUGGCGUGCUGCGUGACUGUUGGCGCAUGAUUGGCUCCUUGCUGGGGGGAAUAAUGGGAUUGCGUACGGUUGCUACAGCCAUUGCAUCCUUCGAGCAGGAUCUGGAGGGUUGGAUCGAUCACCUGAACACGCUGGACGAAGCGAAGGUGAAUGCAUUCACGGUGGACUGGAACGAGAUAACAGACAGCGAUAUGUACGACACGGUACACGUGCUCGCCACGAACCAGAAACGGCGGAGUUGCAAAGAUCUGGCGAUGCUCAUAUUUUUCGCUUCAAUCGUGCACCGACUGCUGCUGGAGCGUACUGAGCUCGGAACGUUGUGUGAGUCAAACCCGGCAAGAAGCAAGCUCCUGUUCGAUCUGUUGCUACGCCACGUGCAAACGUCCCUGAUCAACAAGAAGCAGGUGUCACAUAUGAAGUGUUGUGAGAUCGACCAGGAAGACGAGUAUGAGGAUAAUAAUUUUGGGUACGAUAGCGACGACGAGGAUAAAUUCGAAGAGCGAACGCCAUAGCUGCAUACCGAACGUGGCCCCGAUCCAUCUGCUCGAUGGCCGGUGUGCCUUUGUAGUCAGCCGACCGAUCGCUGCCGGAGAGCAGCUGUUCGACGUCUAUGGCUUCGGUACAAUGGAGUUCGACAGCUCGCUCCGUUUACUUUGCCUGGAACAAUGCUACUACUUCAAGUGUCGCUGCGCAGUGUGUGAAUCAUUUUCGUACGUCAGUGUGCGCAAUAU